AUGGUCCACUUCUUGCACCCGGACCUCUCGCCCCGGACCAUCGCCCGCCCGGACGCGCAGAGGGAUGCCCCGGGCCACUGCGUGGUGCAGGAGGAGGCCUCUCCCUACUCUUUGGUCGACAUCUGCCUGAAUGUCCUGAUUACUAACCUGGAGAAAUUGUGUUCUGAAAGAUCUGAUGGAACACUAUGCCUUCCUGAGCAUUGGCAUUUCCCUCAGGAAUUAGCUGAUCGAUUCCUUGGGGUGAUGACUUGGCAAGGCAAGCUGACUGAUAGAACAGCGAGCAUUUUCCGAGGCAACCAGAUGAAACUGAGGCUGGUCAAUAUUAAAAAGGCUAAAAUCUCUACAGCUGCAUUCAUAAAAGCUUUCUGCCAUCACAAACUCAUUGAACUGGACGCUACUGCGGUGGGCCCUGACCUCCCAAUAUCAGACAUCCUACAUGGUCUCUGCAGCAAUAGCUGGCUCCAGCAAAACCUCCAGUGUCUGCUAUUGGACUCGACAAGCAUCCGUCAAGAUUCAAGACUACUAUUUGGUCAGCUCACUGGUCUUCGAGUUUUAAGUGUUUUCAAUGUUUGUUUUCAUAAUGAAGACCUAGCUAAUGUUUCUCAGUUACCAAAACUGGAAAGCUUGGAUAUCUCCAAUACUCUGGUCACUGAUAUCUCUGCACUCCUUACCUGUAAGGAUCGACUCAGAUCUCUCAAAAUGCACUACAUGAAAUGUCUAACCAUGACCAAACCACAAAUUCUCGCAGUCCUUAAAGAACUUAAAUGUCUGUUUCACCUUGAUAUUUCUAAUCACAGGCAAGUCCAAUCAGAUCUAGCUUUUCAUUUGCUGCAGCAGAAGGAUAUUCUACCUAAUAUCGUGUCACUGGAUAUUUCGGGGGGCAGUUGCAUCACCGAUGGAGCUGUGGAACUGUUCAUUCGGCAGCGGCCUGCGAUGCAGUUUGUGGGACUGUUGGCUACAGAUGCUGGUUAUUCCAACUUCUUUACUACACAGCAAGGCUUGAGGGUUGCUGGAGGAGCCAAUGUGAUUCAGAUUUCAGAAGCAUUGAGCCAGUACAGGGAUAGGUCAUGUUUUAUGAAGGAAGCCCUCUACAGGCUUUUUGCAGAGACGUUUUCAAUGCAGGCAGCCAUGCCCGCUAUUUUAAAACUUGUGGCUGUAGGAAUGAGGAACCAUCCAUUGGAUUUGCCAGUGCAGUUCACAGCCAGUGCUUGUGUCCUCAACUUAACACACCAGGGCCUGGCCAGGGGGAUGCCUGUUCGUCUGUUGUCAGAGGUCACCUGUCUACUUUUCAAAGCUUUGAAAAAUUUCCCUCAUUAUCAGCAGUUGCAAAAGAAUUGUCUUCUCUCCUUAACCAAUCCCAGGAUUCUUGUGGAUGUUCCAUUUGACAGGUUUGAUGCUGCCAAAUUUGUGAUGAGUUGGCUCUGUAAGCAUGAAAACCCCAAGAUGCAAACAAUGGCAGUGAGCAUCACCUCUAUUCUGGCCUUGCAGCUCUCAAGAGAGCAAACUGCACAACUUAAAGACGAGCUCCUCAGGGCAGUUAAGGAACUUCUAGCAAUAGUAAAACAAAAGACUACUGAGAAUUUAGAUGAUGUCACCUUCUUGUUUGCUUUGAAAGCACUUUGGAAUCUUACAGACGAGUCUCCAGUUGCCUGCAAGCACUUUAUGGAAAAUCAAGGACUGGCAAUCUUCAUUCAAGUUUUGGAGACUUUUUCAGGAUCAGCAAUACAAAGCAAAGUACUUGGACUUUUGAACAAUGUAGCUGAAGUCAGAGAGCUCUCUUCCGAGCUGGUGACCAAAGAUGUGGUGAAGCAUAUCAGCGUCUUGCUCCAUAGCACAGCGAUGGAAGUCAGCUAUUUCGCUGCAGGCGUCAUAGCCCACCUGGCAUCUGACCCACAGCCCUGGGUGUCCUGUGACCUUCAGAGGACUACUCUUCUCCAAGAUCUGUAUGUAACCAUCCAGAAUUGGCCAAGUUCAAGUUGUAAGAUGACAGCAUUGGUGACCUACAGAUCCUUCAAGGCAUUUUUUCCUCUCCUUGGCAACUUCUCUCAACCAGAGGUUCAGCUCUGGGCACUAUGGGCUAUGUAUCAUGUCUGCAGUAAAAACCGUAUGUAUUCAGAACAGUCGUUUUGCAGCUAUUAUUCAACCGGAAUCGAACCUGGGACCUUGCAGCUUUUGUGUGACAUCCAGGAGCACAAUGAGGCAGACCCCCAAGCACAGCAGAUUGCAGCCUCCAUUCUUGAUGACUUCAGAAUGCAUUUCACGAAUCAUCAGAGACUCCCUUUGUGUUAAAUGCCCUUUUUAACCUAAGGGGCCUCAGAGGUGCUCUGCUCCUCAAGGGCAAGCAGAUCUUCCAUCCCGUCAGCCACUGAAUGUUGAAACCUAUUGCUGGAAUUUAUGAGUUGGCCAUCUUUAAUUUAUUUUUAAAUUUUUGUGUGUAUAUUUUGAUUAUA